CCAUAAAGCAGUGAACACAGAAAAUGGCACAUUCGUUUUUAAUAAACAUAUUUAUUUUAUUCGUAAUUCACUAUUUUCAAUUAGUACAAAAUGUAAAUCACAAUAAAGAUGUUAAGUGGUACAUAGAAAAAAAUAAUUUAUAUUAUAUUCUUAUGCAGUCAGAUCAUAAUUGGUAUAACGCUUUGAGUUUGUGUGAUGACAUUGGUAUGGAUAUGUUGUUGAAGGAUAAAUACGAAUUAGUUACUCUAGUAACUAAAAAUUAUGGUGAUAAUAUCGAAUAUUGGCUAAAUGGUGGCAUCAUACGUAAUAAUUUAUGUAGUUAUUUUAAAUCUUCUACAGUCCAGCAAUCUAAAUGUUCAGAAACAAAAGGUGUUAUCUGUGAAUCUGCAAUGACCGGUGGUACUGUGCGCUUUAAGAAUGGUACGGAAAUAAAAUUUGGUCUUGAAAUUCCACAUUAUUGUGAACUUCAUGAGGAUAUGAUGAUAUAUAAUGGUAUUAUAGAUUUUUGUAUUAUUCAUUAUAAACAUAAACAUAAAAAGUUUUGAAAUUAAAAAAAAAACUA